AGCAUUCGGUUGCGACAGGCGAGGAGCCAAAAGGUGGGGAAGUUGCCAACCUCGGCCCGUCAAGUUGACCUGGAGCUCCACGACAUGGAGUGCAUAUCAAGGUCAGACGAGCGACAAUUGCUUCCUCUGUAAAUAUAUCCAAGCGGCGACGACUAAUAUCUCAAAAUGGCACCCAAGAACAAUGUACCAGCAUACGUGCUUGGUGUUGGACUCACCAAGUUCAUCAAGCCACGCCAGACGCGUGCUUACCCAGAGAUGGGAUACGAAGCAGGCGUGAAGGCAAUGCUAGAUGCCCAGAUCAAUUAUGACGAUGUAGAGACGGGCGUGGCAUGUUAUUGCUACGGAGACACGACAAGCGGACAGAGAAUCUUCUACCAGUUCGGCAUGAGCACCAUACCCAUCUACAAUACCAACAACGCCUGCGCCACAGGCUCAACCGGUUUGCAACUUGCUCGCACACUCAUCAAGAAUGGCGCGAUCGAUUGCGCACUAGUGGUUGGAUUCGAGCAGAUGCAGCCCGGCUCGAUCAAGUCAGCGUGGAGUGAUCGACCCUCGCCCAUGGGCCUGUCCAUGCGAAUGAUGGCAGACACGCGUGGCGUUGAUAAGUCUCCCCCCAACGCCCAGUACUUCGCCAACGCCGGAAAAGAGUACAUGGAGAAACACGGCGCUGAGGCGCGCGACUUCGCCGAGAUUGCACGGAUAUCGCAUUUGCACAGCCAGAAGAACCCGUACGCGCAGUUCAGAGACGUGUACACGUUGGAGCAGAUCGAGAACUCGCCGAUGAUCCACUACCCCCUGACAAAACUUCAAUGCAGCCCGACCAGCGAUGGUGCGGGCGCGGCUGUGAUUGUCAGCCAGAAGUUCCUAGAUGCGCGUCCGCACCUAAAGAGUCAGGCUAUUCUGAUGGCAGGUCAGAGUCUUCUCACCGACUCGCCCCAACUCUACUCCAAGUCGUCCAUGGAUCUUGUUGGCUACGACAUGACCAAGCGCGCCGCACAAGCCGCCUUGGCAGAAGCUGGAGUGAGCCCUAAAGACGUCAAGGUGUCAGAAUUGCAUGACUGCUUCUCCGCGAACGAGCUCAUUCUGCUCGAAGGCCUGGGUUUUAGUGAGCCGGGCAAGGCGCAUCUGAUGGUGCGUAAUGGUGACAUUACGUUCGGCGGCAAAGGGCCUGUUGUGAAUCCCUCUGGCGGUCUGAUCAGCAAGGGGCAUCCCCUCGGCGCGACGGGGCUGGCGCAGUGCGCAGAGCUGACCUGGCAGCUGCGAGGCUGGGCAAACAACAGACUCGCUGAUGCACCCGACGUGGCGCUGCAGCACAAUCUGGGGCUGGGCGGAGCGGUAGUCGUCACAGUGUACAAGCGUGCUGACGGGCAAAAGGCGGUUUCGAUGAGCGACGAGGAGGUGAAGCGAGUAAGCCAGUUCGAUUACAAUCCUGCUGUUGAGGCGCGGUAUGUCACGAAGGAGGAAGGGGAGAAGGUCAGGUCCAAGACGGUGCGGAGCGAGUAUGCACUCGGCGACACGCUGGAGAAGAUCCAGAGUCGGUUGUGAGAGCGAGGUCUGUUUGAGUGAUUGAUGGAGGAUGGACUGUUUACCCAAACCUGCAGAAUACGACAGGGCAGAUGCAUUAUCCUAUAAGUUGUUGAAGAAAUUGGAUGAUUUGA